GACAUUUGUUUGGCUUUUAUAUGUUUUUUUUUCCUAAUCUUCAUUUGAGAAUGGAAAAUGCAAUCAAAUCUUAAAAUUUCACGUGUUACAAGCAAAGGAUUGCAUUUAUUAAGCUGCCGAUAUAAACACAAGUUUUCGCUUCGCCAGAAGUAUUCAAUCGCAGCGUUUCCAACUUUAGCGCCGGGCUAUGAUCCGCGCGCUGUGGAAAAGGAUAAAUAUGUACAUAGAAAGGCACGGGAAGCUUGUGGUGGUAAACACGGAUCAUACCGCAUGCUGCUACCGCCACCAAAUGUAACAGGAAACCUGCAUUUAGGCCAUGCGCUAAAUGCCACUUUGCAAGACGUUAUAUGCAGACAGCACCGUCAACUGGGUUAUGAAGUUGAAUGGAUACCGGGCACAGAUCACGCAGGUAUAGCAACGCAAGUGAUUGUGGAGAAAAGUUUGCUGAAGGAACGUGGGAUAACACGGCAUCAACUGGGGCGCAUUCCAUUUUUGCUGGAAGUUUGGAAGUGGAAGCGAAAAAAAGGUGAUGGAAUUAUUGAUGACCUACGAAAGCUGGGAUGCACGCUCGAUUGGGAUAGCGAAUAUUUUACUAUGGAUGAGCGACAAUCACGCGCCGUCGAUGUGGCGUUUAUACGGCUCUUCGAAGAAGGUCUGAUUCAACGUCAAAAAUCAUUGGUCAAUUGGUCAUGUGCCUUAGAAUCGGCUAUCUCCGACAUCGAAGUGGACUUAUUGGAAUUAAAGGGACCCACUGCAUUAGCUGUGCCAGGUCAUGAAAAGAGUGUAGAAUUUGGUCGUAUUUAUGAUAUUAAAUAUCAUUUAUGCGAUUCAGAUGAAGAAAUAGUAGUAUCUACAACACGUCCUGAAACCUUGCUGGGCGAUGUAGCUGUGGCAGUACAUCCUCAGGAUCCGAGGUAUGAAAAGUAUCGUAACCGAGAACAAGUAUUCCUUAAUCACCCUUUUCGCAAGGAGCCCAUUCCUUUGAUUUUCGAUGUAAAUGUUGACCAAGACUUUGGCACUGGUGCUGUGAAAAUCACGCCCGCCCAUGACCGUGCUGAUUACGAAGUAGCACAAGUUCAUCUGUUGGAACCUAUACAAGUUUUUACAGAUCAAGGCAAAAUCACAGAUAGAUUUGAAGAAUUCAAGGGAUUGCCGAGAUUCGAUGCACGUCAGCAUAUUUUGGAUGCACUCUCAAAUCUCCAAUUACUCGAUGUUGUUAAGCCGCAUUCAAUGGUAUUGCCAAUUUGUUCACGCACAAAAGAUGUAGUCGAAUAUAUGCUGCGUCCACAAUGGUUUCUACACUGCAAACCAUUGGCGGAUGCAGCAAUGUCAGAAGUACGAAGUGGCCGGCUAAAGAUUCAACCAGAAAACUAUGAAAUUGAUUGGUUUCGAUGGCUUGAAGCUUGCCGUGAUUGGUGCAUUUCACGCCAGUUAUGGUGGGGACACCAAAUUCCUGCUUACUUGGCUACGGAUGUUGAUGGCAACACUUGUUGGGUAGCAGCGCUUAAUGAAGAUGAAGCAAGAAAGAGAGCGAAGACAGUACUCAAUGCAGAAGUUAGCAGCGUUGAACGAGAUCCGGAUGUGUUGGACACAUGGUUUUCAUCAUCGUUGCUGCCCUUCUCUGUCUUUAAUUGGCCAUCAUCUGAGUACAAGAUGCGUUAUCCCUUGGAUUUAAUGGCGACAGGACAUGACAUCCUAUUUUUCUGGGUGGCUCGAAUGGUAAUGCUCGGCGUAAAAUUAACAGGGCAGGCGCCGUUUAAAAAAGUGGUUCUAAAUGGCAUUGUAUGUGAUGCGCAUGGCCGAAAAAUGUCGAAAAGUCUUGGCAAUGUGGUUACCCCACAACAAGUAAUACAAGGUGCAAGUCUGGAGUCUUUGGAAGCAGAUCUGCAAGGAUCGCAUGACGCUGGCUUACUUAGCACAGAGGAAUUGAAUAAAUCACUUAAAGGCUUGCAAAAAAUGUUUCCUAAAGGCAUACAACAAUGUGGCACAGACGCACUUCGUUUUACACUCUGCAGUCAUAAUAUAAAAAAUCAUUUUAUUAAUUUUGACGUAGCCGAGUGCUAUACGAAUAAACUGUUCCUUAACAAAAUUUGGCAAGCAACACGCUACACACUUGGAGCUGCCGAAAAGCUGAAUUUAUCACUGUCCGAAAUUGAGACUUUGGAAAAUUGUACGCUAGGCAAGUGGGAUCGUUGGAUACUCAGUCGAUUGUCGGACACUUUAACAACGGUUGCUCAAAGCAUUGACCAAUAUGACCUUCAUAUGGCGACGUCCGCGAUAAAGCAAUUCUUUUAUAAUAGCUUGUGUGAUGUUUAUCUGGAAACCACAAAACCGGCUAUCAGUAAAGGAACGGCCAAUGGUUACAUCAAUUGUGCAACGCUCGCGACAUGUCUUAGUUGGGGUCUCCAGUCGAUGUCCGUGUUUACGCCUUUCAUUGCCGAAGAGCUGCUGCAAUACUUGCCACGUGGCAUACAUCUGCAAAUAAGUAGAUAUUUUGACGCCGAAAUAGAGGCGGAGAUAGAUGUGAUAUUGGCUAUUUGCCAAGCCAUAAGGCAGCUGAAAAGCCAAAACAAAAUAUCAAGAAAACACGAACCAUGUGCCCACAUAUUUGCUCCCGACAAAAAAAGUGCUGCCGACUUGCAGUUACAUUUGAAGGAAAUGAGCGCGCUAACAUUGACCAAACAAGUAGUUGUGGAGUUUCUAACUCCAGCUGAAUUGAAAGAGCGCAGGCAGCAUUUUCAAUUUUUUUCCACUGCCGGACAUUACUGCUCCUUCGGACUGCAAGUGAAUGCUAUUUAUGAGAAAACACGCCAAGAACAAUCACCCAUUAGUGAUUUGAACCACAAGAAACUGGCACGGCUUCAAACCGAACUUGAACGCUAUCGCAUGAGAAUCAAUGAUGAAGGCUUCCAGCGUUCAGCGAGUGAACAGGUGCAGAAACGGCAUAAUCAAAAGAUUCAACAACUGGAACUGGAAAUAAAAAAUAUAAAAAAUUUGGGCGGUUGAAUGUGUAUUGUGAAAAUUAGAAACGCAUAACGUUUUGUUAAGUUAAAUUUGUUGUUUUUACCUUAAUAUAUACGAACGUUAACAUAUUCGCACAUAUAGGUAUCUAGGAAAUAUUGAAUCGAAUGAUAUUAGAGGGCAAGCAGGCAAGCGUUGUUCAAAAUUCCGCCUCUAUUUUCAUAUGUGCAUGUACAUAUUAUUAAAAAAUAUAAUUUAU